AAGAGUUAUCGGGAUUUGACAUGGCGGACGGGGAUUUUAGAACUCCCUUGUCGACAACGCCAAACGAAGAUUUCAACCCACUAGCAGAAGAUCAAGAAGAUUUUAACAGCAAACUGUGCCAGCAGAAUACUCAGGAGCAUCAUGACGCUGACUGUAGUGGCAGUGAGGACGAGACAGAUUCUCAGUGUACGUCUAUUGAGGAGAUACCAGCAGGAAUUCUGUACAGUGUAACACCACCAACCAAUAUACGGGGGGUCAAAAGGGACAAGAAAAAACAACAGACAAACAUACAAAAACAAUCCUAUAAACAGUACACAGAAUUAAAAAAAACAAAGAAAUCAUUGCGAAAUGCUGUUAUUAAAGAAAGAUAUGCAAAUGACCCCAUGUUUUGUAAACUUGGUCAUAUAGAUUCAGAUGACAAUCUAGAAAAAGAUUUUGCAGAUGAUAAAGAUAAAAGAAGUAUGGACAGCCGUGAUUUAAAGAAAAAAAGCAUGACAAAAACUAUAGCUCAUGAGAGACUAGCAAAGAGAAGUUCUAGUGAUUUAGCUUCAAUAGACACAACAACGGUAGAUGUUCCUGUUCCUCAAGCUGCUGCUAAGGUGGACACCUCAGGAAGGUUCUCUUCUCUCAACUUUCAUGGAAGAGUUCCAGUAGACAGCUCUGGGAGGUUUGCCUCAUUGAAUCUGAAGUCUCACGCCCUGUCCUCCAUGGGACAGUCAUUGAGUUCUAGUUGGAAUGUAGGCAGAAGUGAACACCGCAGACAGUCAGUAGUUAAUGUGGAAGUGCCAGAAGAAAGAGUGAAAUUUUUCAAAAUAUUCUCUACAUUGAUAAAUAUGGGUUCGCAUUCAAAGAAGGAAAAAGAUGUAAAGGGAGUGAAAGACAAGAUGAGUUAUAGAAGACAGAUCAGUUCUGAGCAGGAAUUGUGGCAGGAGCGCUAUAAAGAUUACUUAUGGCUUGAACUUCAGUUGGACCAACAUGGCUUUAAAACUUUGAAUGAACAAGAGGAGUAUUUGAAAAUGCAAAGAGAAAAAAUUCCAGAUAUUCUAGAAGAAAUACUUAAUUUCAAAUUUGAUUGUUCUUUAGAACAGUUGGAAAGAAGUGAAGAAGAAACCAGUUUUAACAUUGAAAAUAAUGAGAAUACACCUUAUUCAUUCACAUUAACAUCAGAAACAGUUGCACAGCAAAGAGAAGCCCUUAUACAUGUCCAGGAGUUGCUAAACAAACUUGAUGCUAGUGAGCAAUUAUUUCCUACAUCAAAGGCAUUUGCAAAAGAAUUUGAAAUGUACAGUAAUAAACGAUUUACUCAGCAAGUUAAAUCAUUGUAUCUUUGGCAAAGUAUUACCAAAGAUUUGUGUCACAAGAUCAGAAAACUAGGACUCAUACUUGGUGCUCAACAUGCAUCCGAUUAUGACUGGCCAGAAAUGGAUCUUGAUAGUCCCCGGUUGUCAGAAGACUUUCAUUUUAAUUGCGUAGGCAGGCAAAAUAUUCCAAAAAUUCAAGAGCCAUCAUGUGUGAUUAGUGAAGAUGAGCUUGAUAACACUUCUGAAAGCUUUGGUACCCAAACUGAAAAUGCCAAGCGUGUAACAUUUACUCUGAAUAGUAUAAAGUCAUCAAGAAACACAAGUCCGGUGAAUUCUGAGAUGUCUUACAAAGGAUUAAGGACUACCUACUCCUUAGGGAAUCUCUCUAGAGCUUCAAGUGAAGCAAGCCUAGACGAGCUCCACCAUCCACCAGCUAAACUGUUGUUUAGGAAGUAUGUAGACAAAACUUUAAAAAGAAUGGGGAUGAAUAAAAUGUUGCUGAGGUUCAAAGAGCUUUUAGAUAGAACACUACAAAGGGCCAGGGAGGCUUUACAAAGACCAAAGAUUUCUACCAAUUCUGAUAUGCAGGUAUUUGACUUUGCAAUACUUGUAUAUAAGUUUGAAAAUCUGACAUGUGUAUCUUUAAACAUAGGGGAGGGCGGGGAUAAGAAUCUAAAGAUUAAUUUGUGUCACAAGAUCAGAAAACUAGGACUCAUACUUGGUGCUCAACAUGCAUCCGAUUAUGACUGGCCAGAAAUGGAUCUUGAUAGUCCCCGGUUGUCAGAAGACUUUCAUUUUAAUUGCGUAGGCAGGCAAAAUAUUCCAAAAAUUCAAGAGCCAUCAUGUAUGAUUAGUGAAGAUGAGCUUGAUAACACUUCUGAAAGCUUUGGUACCCAAACUGAAAAUGCCAAGCGUGUAACAUUUACUCUGAAUAGUAUAAAGUCAUCAAGAAACACAAGUCCGGUGAAUUCUGAGAUGUCUUACAAAGGAUUAAGGACUACCUACUCCUUAGGGAAUCUCUCUAGAGCUUCAAGUGAAGCAAGCCUAGACGAGCUCCACCAUCCACCAGCUAAACUGUUGUUUAGGAAGUAUGUAGACAAAACUUUAAAAAGAAUGGGGAUGAAUAAAAUGUUGCUGAGGUUCAAAGAGCUUUUAGAUAGAACACUACAAAGGGCCAGGGAGGCUUUACAAAGACCAAAGAUUUCUACCAAUUCUGAUAUGCAGUCACCAGAAGUGGAUGGUACAGUGCAGCUGUCCUCUUCACCAGCCCUGGACCUCCAUUAUGCUGAAGCCAGUUCCUCAUCUGUCAAUGUCUUUCACAGAAGCUCCAGUCUCACGGACUUUGGUGUGUGGAGUGAGCACUUCAUCCAAAUGGGCCUCCCGUCAUUCCAGCCCAGCUAUCUUUUCCUUCUUCAUGUAUUUUUAGAAGUGAUUCAUGAAGCUAUGAGGCUGCGCUUGGAACAGAGACCAGUCAUUGACCCAUCCUUUCUCAGCAUAAGACCGCUUUUAAGGGAGUGCAAGGAAGUCCUUCGAGGUGCAGUGAUUGUAAAGCAGUAUUUUCAGACCAUGGUAGAUGAUGUCUCAACAGAGGGGGAGACCAAUAUCAUGAAAGACCUUGGAGAAUUUGAUGAUGAUGUCAGAAAAAUGUUAGAUGUAUACUUUACAUAUUUGCAAAGCUGGAUGUUAGCUCUGCAGAGUCUUCCAGAAGCCUCUCUUAGUUUGAAGAAUGUUUUAGAAUCAGAAUGGCUUUUCACCAAACAGAUAUGUCCUCAUGUGAUUGGUGGGGAAGCCGAGGCUGGCAAACGCUUCAGUUCCCUGGCUAGCAGUCUUCUGAACUCAAUAGCAGACUUUCUGGAGAGUGGUAUAGAUGAUUUCACCAGCAGUCUGUACAACCUGACAAUAAACGAGGACCAGGAGGAGGUACAAGAGACAACGGACACCAACAACAACAACGACAGCGACAACAACGACGAGGGCCACGAUCAACAGAAACUCAGGAUUCAGGAAAUUAGGCACUUGUUUCAACAGACUUCCAGAAAUUGCAAAAAACUCUUCAAUGAAGCUAGAGAGAGAGCUUCAAAGGCUUUAGGAUUUGCAAAAACUUUGAGAAAGGAUCUGGAAAUAGCAGCAGACUUUAACAUUGCAGUAACAACUGUUGAACUUUUGGCUAAGCUGAAAACUACAAAUUUUGUAAUGGUAAACUUUGCCUCCAAUGACCCAGGUUAUUUAGUGUUCAUUCCAUCCAGAAUUGCAGACAACAGACACCUUAUUUUGCAACUUUUGAAUGUGACUUGUGGCAGAGAAGACUUAAGUGCUUCCCUGCAGGAUUUGGGCAGCCUGAAGGAAGAUGGCUACCUACUGAUGGUGUGCUGUGAGGGGGGCAAGGGCAGUGUUAAAGAUUGCCCUCUGUGGUUUGGUCAGGUUGUAAAAGUGGAUCCUACAGCUGAGACUGCAAUUGCUCUGUCACACAUACAGGUUGAAGGUUUACUUCUUGUUGUGAUUCAUUCAUCUCAGCUUAGUGAACAACGAAAGGAGUUUGAGUCUUUGAUGGGAAAAACAAUACAACUAGUAAAUGAACAGACUUCUUGUCAUCAAGCCAUUGCAGAAUCCUUAACAGAACUAAAGGGGUCUGCAAUGGAGCUUCAAGAAAGAGUUGUUCAAGCCAUAAAGCAAGUGGAUGACAAGUUUUACUGUGAAGACAUGGCAAAUUUUGACGACAAUGAGAGAAACCAUCUCCUUAACUUAUACAGAGAAACAAUGCUGAAAGGAUAUAAUUUUGGAUUUGAAUAUCUUAGAGAAGUAACAAGACUUGUAACUGGAGAAACUAAGCAAAAACUCAGCAAAAGACUUGUUAAUUUUGCCAAAGAGUGGAUGGCAUUUGUAACUGAGAAAUGUGAAAAGGGAAGAGGUAUGCGCCCAAAAUGGGCUAGUCAAGGACUGGAUUUUCUUAUUGUUGCAUGUGAUUCCAAAGUUCUUGCCUGUCUGACUGAUGAAGAAUAUCAGGAGCUGAAGAAAAGCAUCAACAGCUGUAUCAGCCAUGUGAUAGGGUCAGCAGAUCGCACACCAGUCAGCCCCACCCACAGUCAAGGAAGCUCACCCAUUCCACGUUCAUCCAGUGUGGACUCGGGCAGACAACCAUACCUACGCUAUCCAUCAUGGCCAGCCGAGCAGGCUCAGGGGAAAUUCACACGAUCAACCUCCAACAUUUCUAACAAGUCUUCUCAAAGUGAACCACCUCCCAGCUCUACUGAGUCGAGGGUUAAGCGACACUCUAUGGAUUUUCACCCAGAAGUGGAUGUACACGAUGGUGAUGAUGGUGGAAUUGUCUUAGACAUAAAUCUCAAAAGAAACUUUAGAGUUUCAAGUGAGAUAGAAGAUUUAAAACCUUUAGACAGAAGGAAGCAAGCUAUAUUAAGGCUUGAAGAAAGAAGGUUGUUGCGACUUAGAGAUGCUGGGGUGAUAGGAGUGGUAACUAGUCGAAAAAUAGAACCAGAUUAUCGCAUUAGUGUUAGGCGCGUCAACUUCAGGUGGCAAAGAGGACUUAAGAUUGGUGAAGGACAAUUUGGUAAAGUUUAUUCAGCUGUUAAUAUGGACAAUGGAGAAUUGAUGGCCAUGAAAGAGUUGAAAAUUAUCAUGGAUAACUCAAAAUACGGUUCCUUGAGUAUAAUUGAGCUUAAAAACGAACUAAGAAAACGAAAUGCAAGAAUAUCGGGUCGGAAAGCAGAACUGGUCGACAGACUUGACGCAUACGAUAGAAAUGCCGACUUUGGAAGAGUUGAGAAACUUGACCCAGAUUUUUACAUGAUAUUACCUGAUUACGAUACAUACUCGGACGUCAAUUCUGAUUCCCCAUUCCAUGGUUUGACUAUGGAAACGGUUCAAGCCUAUUUUGAACUAUUUGAAAAGAAGUUUGAUAAUCAUUUUAUUCAACUGUACAAUGAUAAUUUCUUAAUAUGUUACCGUAUCUCCAUUGAUAUUAACCCCUUCACAUACAUCAAAGGCAAGUGUCGUGCCGAAAUGAGAAAAGGUGUGUCGUAUACAGUUGAUCUCAAAAUAACUGAGGAGGGGUCAAUAUCGGAAGCUCAGUGUGAGUGUGCUGCAGGCAUGGGGCCUAAUGCACACUGUAAACAUGUUGGAGCUGUCAUGUAUGGGGCGGUAAUGUUUGCAAAACAGAAGUUCAUCAAGACAGAAGAAACUUGCACACAGCGUUUACAGACCUUUCAUAAAUGUAAAAGAUUUAAAGGUAGCCCAAUGAAAUCAACAGAUCUACAUCUACCUGGUGCUGAUGAAUUUACAACUGUCAACUUUGACCCAAGACCAGAAAAAUUUCAAAAUAACCCAGCAUAUCCUGAUCACUUCCAAAAUGUAUGGCUCAAUUUCCCUGGAGUUUCUAAAGUCCCAAUAUUCCAAACAUUUACCCCUGCCAAUAUGAUGGCAGUGGCACAUGACCAUGACUACUUAAAACUGACACCUGAUGACCAUUUCCUUCAAACAUCAUUCAUUUCUAGAUCUCAUAUAUCCAAUUCUCAAAUUGAGAAGAUCAAACAUCAAACAAUGGGGCAGGGCAAUAAUAAAACUUGGAAAGCGGAGAGGAGGAAGCGUUUAACUUCAUCAAUGUUUGGGCGGAUAUGCAAAUGCACAGAGAGAACUGACAAAAGAAAACUUGCUCAAUCUCUCACAGUUACCAAAAAUAUAAAAUCAAAUGCCAUUGAACACGGCCACAAGCAUGAAUCAGUUGCCAUAAAGAAGUUUAAAAAUGAUCACCAUAAAGAUGUGCAGGCAAGUGGCCUAAUAAUUUGUAAAGAUUAUCCAUUUCUAGCUGCAUCACCAGAUGGAAUCAUUAAUGAAGAGGAACUCGUAGAGGUGAAAUGUCCAUAUGUUUCUAGAAACAAGAAAAUUUCACCGACUACAGUGCCAUAUUUGAAAACAAACCAGGAAGGGAAAUACUUUCUUGAUAAUAAUCAUGAUUAUUUUUAUCAAAUACAAGGACAACUUCUUUGUACUGGUGCAAAAUCUUGUAUUCUGAUUGUUUGUUUAGCAAAUAAUUUAACUGUAAAUGACAUUGCGUAUAUUCAAAUCAAACGGGAUGAUACAUUCAUACAUGAAAUGCUAGACAAAUUAGAAAAGUUUUACACCAAUUUCUUCAAGGAUGCAGUACUUGAAAAAUAUUACUACAAGUCCUACAACGACAAUGAGUGA